UAAGAAAAAAAUGUUUUUUAAAAGAAAAACAAAAAUCCCACCGUUGAAAUUGCAGAAAAAAGAAGCAGCCACAUCAACAGAAUAUAUCCGUCUUUCUAUUUUCCCAUCAACCCACCGCCUCUUCUUCGCCUCUUCUCAUCUUUACUAGAUUCUCCUCUCUCUCUCUCUCUCCCUCUCUGAAACGAAAGGGAGGAGAAAGCUAAACUAAAAAGUUUCCUCUUUUCUCUUUUUCGCACUUUUUACCUCUUCGCAUACGAAAGGAGCAGAUGCCUCUUUGAAUUAUUCGACGGUUUGUAUUGCGCCAAGGUCGCUCCUUGAUACUGGAUUUCCAGAUUUCUUCAUGAUUCCCCAUUUGGGAUGCUCUUGAUUAAGCCCCAACUCUGACCUCGUGAGGUUCGACUGGACUGAUAGCCUAGAGUUCUUAAAGUAAAUCACUGAAUGGUCGAGCUAAGAGCUUCAAAUUGUUAGAAUUUUUGUCGAAUCUUCUGUUAGAUGGGGAAAACUGGAAGCCUCUUCAGUUCAUUCUCCAAAUUCUAAGAAUGGAUGAUGGAGAGCUUGAUAUUUCAGGCCACCUGCUUAUGUCAAACCCCGACAUGUCCAACACCUUCGAUGAAUUCUUGACUAACACCACGACAUGCACCCACACCCACACCUGCAACCCCCCGGGCCCCACGGCCCCCGCCCACACCCACACAUGCUACCACACCCACACCCAAGUGUUUGCAUCAGCCGAAGGUGAAAGAGAAGAGGAUCAUAAAAAGCCUCGAAAACCCUUAGGAAAUCGAGAGGCUGUACGGAAGUAUCGGGAGAAAAAGAAAGCACAUGCAGCUUACCUUGAAGAGGAAGUCAAAAAACUUAGGGUUAUAAAUCAGCAGUUGACGAGGAGAUUGCAAGGACAAGCGGCAUUAGAAGCGGAGGUUGUUAGGCUGAAGAGCCUUUUAGUUGAUCUAAGGGCAAAGAUUGAUGGUGAAUUGGGUGUUUAUCCAUUUCAAAAACCGUGCAGUGGUUUACCUUGUAAUGAGAACAUGCAGUGUGUUGGUUUGAAUGGCGAGAUGCUUGAUUGGGAUGGGAAUUGCAUGCCUCCGGUUGUUGAUUGUCAAAUCAAUUUGAAUGGUGGUAUGAGGAAUUUGGCGACACCCAAUUCUCAAGCAAAGUGAAUCUUCAAGGUUUGAGCUUCUUGAAGUCUUAUUAAUUUUGUUCAAUUUUGUUACGCCGUUCAGUGUUUUUAUUGUUCACUAGCAAUGAGCAUCUAAGUGAAGAUUUUGUGAUUUUGGUAUGUGUAGAAAUAGUAUCAAUGCAAAUAAUGUACUAUAGAUGGAGAAAGCUUCCUACGUAUCAUGUGUUAGAGAAGUUGUCUGUACAGAGCAAUGGGAGUUUGCCUUUUUUAAGGAGGAUUUUCUCUUGCAAUGUUUAGAAAAUAUGGUCCAUUUGUGUUUUCUUA